UUUUAAGUUUGAUGUACUCAAAGGUCAUAAUAACAUGUUUAUUUAUAAACUAAUUUAUCGAAUAGCUCAUUUAUAUGUAUACUUGAAUGGAAAUAGGAAUUUUUCGAAGUGACCAGAAUAUCUUGUAUUAUUUUCCAAGCAAACCAAUAAGGGAAAAUAAAGGCCAACCUUUGGGAAAUUUCGGAAAACAUUCAUCAGUGAGAUCGGUACAAAUUCAGGCCAUAAUGCAUCAAAUCGCCUCCUUUUUCCAAAGCACGGAAAUCGCAAAUAUUGUUAUCAAACCCCAAACGGUCAAAGAUCUUCAAAUCUCUGAUACCAUCAAACAAUAAACUUACUUCUUAAUGGCAACAAAUCGUCUUCCUCGUUUAAUAUGGGAACAGUUGACAAGCUUCCUUCCACCAGUAUAUCUUUAUGAAGUCCAUUGUAUCAUUGGUGAAGAUCUUGUGGAUCAGACAUUGGAAUUAAAAUCAGAAAUUAUUUCUAUUUUAGAACUAGCUAAUAAUGACGAAUCUUUACAACUAGUUUUUCUAAACUCUCCAACUCACCCAGUUGAUGAGAAAUGUUUCUCUUCCCUUAAUUUUUAUGUUACUGAAAAAUCAAAGCAAGAAAACCCAGAUCAAGUAAUCGAUGGUUUAAAUGAAAAAUCUGAACUUGAAUGUUGCAUUCAAACAAUCAGAAAUGCUUUACUGACAGAAAUUUCAUCUCUGAAAACUUAUUUACAAGAUAUUCAGAAUUCUUUUUUGGCAAACUUCAACAAACCAAAGUAUGAACAGGAAAAUAUCAGUCAUUCCCGUAAAAUAGAUUCAACAUUAUCCAAAUCAAAAACAGUUCACAAAAACUCUGUAACUAACAAGAAACUGUCUUGCGGUUUAGAGUUUCUUCUUGGUCAAGAUUCACUCAAUGGAUUACUGUAUAAUCCAACAAUUCCUUACUCACCAAGAUUUUCUUCAUCACAGUCAUCAGUUGAUAAUUCCUCUUCUCCAUCCUCAUCAAGAGCUAUCUGCCAAUUAUCCACCGCAAAAGUUAAUAAAAUAAAUAAGAAUAUUGAUAACAAAAAAAGAGAAACAAAGCAAUUACAAAAUGGUAAAAAUCCGAAACUCACUGAACAGGUUUGUGUACCUGUAAUUUUAAAUCCACUAAAACCUAACUCUGCUAAACAGUUGAAACAAUCUUUCUCAGUGAAUAAAUUUCAAACAACUAAUCAACGAUUAUCCGAACCCUAUUCAAAUAGAUCAUUUAGUGUGGAGAGAAAUUUUCCUGAUUACAAUCGUUGCAAUUCAGCACAACGAUUUCGGCAAAUGAUACUGAAAGCACGUCAAGAAAGUGAAAAUUGUUAGAAGUGAAUCAAAACUAAUUCAUCCAUCAUUGCUGUGCUCUGCCCUUUUUGAUUGAUCACAUCGAAUUCCAGCUAAUUAUUGCAAUUUUUAAUUAUGUCAAUUAUUUAUAUCAAAAACAUGUUGAUUUAGUGGGUGAAAUAGCAGUGUAAAUAUUUUUCACUAAAAUAUAGGAAAAUUUUCUUUGUUUUUUUAUAUUUCAGUUUCUGUCUUUUAUGUGAUGAUUUAAGUUACUGAAAUUGUUGCGCUUUUUUGUCGACAAGUUUCAC